AAAUAUCUUAUACUCCAUCUCUCUUUGUCCUUGCAAAGCCACACCAAAUUUCCCCAAAAUCGAAAUCAAAAUUAUUAGGGUUUUUUUUUCAAGCCCAUCUUGUCAUGCUCUCUUAGGAAUUUCCUUAAUCGCACCAUGUAUUGACCCAACUUAAAUUCCUUCUGUAAUUUCACCUCAAUUAGUCUUUUAUCCUCGUUAUAAUUCCAUUUCCAGCUAUUUCCUUGUGAUUGCUUAUAUACAUUUGCAAAGCUCUCAUUUUGCUCUAUUCUUAGCUGUCUAAUAAUCAGACACCAAGUUUCUUUCUUUUUUACUUGUCUUUCCCAUUUUCUGGAGUUCAGGUGAACUCUUAUUAGCAGAAGAGAACUGGGUUAUUUCUUGCAUGUCAUAUUUCUUAAGCACACAUCAAGGUAUAUAAUUAAAUUAAAAGCUUUGAUCUUUAGUGCCCAUUUUCAGUUUUUUAGAUUAUAAAAUGCUGUGUGUUUUAAUCUGUUAUAAUUCAUUGUAACUUGAGAUAGAGAAACAGAGUGAAAGUGAGGGAGAUUUUGCCCUCAAGAUCAAGUUUUUUUGCUGUAUUUACCUACAUUUUAGUUUUUGUUUUAGAAUUGAUUAAUUGGGUAGGGAGGGAAAUUGGAGAAGAGGGUAAAUUAAUGGCAGAAUGGUCAAUUUUUGAUCAUGGGUCUGAGUUGAAUUGCACUGAAAAUAGUGAGAGCAAUGAGAUGAUUGAUGGUAGUUUAUCUGAGAGUGAUGAUGAUCUGAAAUGGGGUGAUUGUGAUGAAAAACUGCGUUGUUUGUUUGAUCAAGUUCUUAUGGUUUUGUUGAGGGGUGUGUAUGCCAAGAAUGGGAGUAGGCCAAUACCUGCAUUGUUGGGGGACGGUCGAACUGUCGAUUUGUUCAAGUUAUUCUGUUUAGUGAGAGAUAGGGGGGGUUUUCAUUCGGUUUCGGAGCAUAAGUUGUGGGGGUUGGUUGCUGAAAAGUUUGGGUUUGAUUGUACAAUGUGUGCAUCUCUUAAGUUGAUCUAUUACAAGUAUUUGGAUGAAUUGGAUCAAUGGUUGAAUAGAAUUACUAGAGAUAGGGUUUCAGCGAAUGGAAGUUAUGAAUGUGGAGGGAAUUUGGGUUUAUUGUCAUUAGAGUUAGAGAAAAGGUUAAGGAAUUUCUCAACAGAUGAGAAAGAAUUUGCAAAGGAUGAUAAUGUUGGAUAUGAUGAAAUGUGCAAGAACAUUAAUGUUGCCAUCAAGGGGACUUUGCUUUUGCCAGAUGCUGAAGAGGAUUCUAAAGUGCGUGACGUCGUCAUUAAAUUUGCUGUUGAUGAUGGGGACAUGUUAUGUGAUAGUAAGAAGUUUGUUGAAAAGGCAAAGGAAAGUGCCAUUGACGAAAAUAUGACCUCUCACAAGAGGAAGCGCGACAUGUUUGGUGCAACACUGAGUUGGAUGAUCAAAAUGGCAAAGAAUCCUUGUAAUCCAUCCAUGGGAUUAGUACCUGGAGGCUACAAAGGAAAGGAAAGCGGUUACAAGGAUUUCUGGUCAAUAGCACUUUUUGUCAGAGAAGCAAGAUUGCAGAAAAAAUAUAUUGAUAUAAAUGAUCAGCAAUCUCGUUUUCAUCAGAAGAAACAGAAGAUGCACCCCUCUAUGUAUGAAGAUGAUAUUCUCUCUAAUAGAUGCAGCAAAAGGCUGUUAUCUGUAGUGAAUUCUCCUUCUUGUCAAUGUUGCAAGUCAUCAUCAGUUGACGAAUGUAAGCUAAAAAGUCUUUCCGAGUUGCCACUAGAGAAUGGGUUGCACAAGCAAGAGCUUGUGAAUGGGGAGUCUUCAGACACAAAAAUAGAAGUCGAUGAGGCCCCUGUUGAGAAGCAUGUCUUAGUAGGGCCACAAUUUCAAGCUGAAGUCCCUAUUUGGACUGGUAUAAUUUCAGAGAGUGACUCUAAGUGGCUGGGCAUUCAAAUUUGGGCUCCUGAUUUGCAAGAAGAGAAAUCCAAAUCCAAAUCCUGUAAUGAAAUCAAACUUCCAGGGAAGGGAAGACCAAAGUCUUGCAACUGCCUCUUUCCAGGUUCGGUAGAAUGCUGCAGAUUUCACAUUGCAGAAAACAAGAAGAAAUUAAGGCAUGAAUUGGGGUUGGCUUUCUAUCGCUGGAAGUUUGAUCGGAUGGGUGAGGAGGUCUCUCUCUCUUGGUCGAUCGAAGAAGAAAAGAGUUUUAAGCAAAUCAUUAGAUUGAACAAGCCAUUCUUGGAAAGAUCAUUUUUCCCUAGGAAGUCGAGAACCGAGUUAGUUAGCUACUAUUAUAAUGUCUUUCUGAUUAACCGUAGAAGUUAUCAGAAUCGUGUGACUCCAAAAGAUAUUGAUAGUGAUGAUGACGAAAGAGAGUUUGGGUCUGUCAGUGAAGCAUUUGGGUACAAUGCAGUGAAGGUCCGACGAUCAGAGCCCCUGAAAUGUUUCCAAAAUGAGCAGGUUAUUGAUUUGGAUUAGUCUUCCAUAACUAGGAUGAAUUGAUGAAAGCACAUCGUAGCUUACUUAAAGAACACUCAUGUUGGAGCCAUGUGUUUUCACCCCUCGUAUCAUCCUAUGCUCAUCUAUGGUAACAGGACUUAGAUUAGCCAAAACUUGUACUAGUUACAGACAGACCUAUGUUUACCAGUCUGGCUACCGAUAGCGCGGUCAGUUUGUAAAGCUGUUUUACUGACCACAGAGCUUCUCAGUUUUGACAGAUUUCCUUUUCAAAGUUUUUUUUCUUAAAGUAUCAGUUUCUAGUGAAUAUAUGAUACAUUAGAAGCUAGUGAGGAUAUACAUCAUUUUAAAUUUCAUUGGUACAUAUGCUAUAUCAUUGGACCUCUAA